AUGUCGGUGCCUGGCACAUUUAAAACACUUUUCGCCGUGGCUGGCGGAGCAACAGCAACCGUUUUAGCCGUGACAUAUACUGGACAACUUUACAAAAUGAAUUACCAAAUCAAUGAAGCAGAUGCCCUUACUAUUCGAAAGAUCAACACAGCUUACGCAGAACUCCAAAAAGAUAAGAAUUGUAAUUCGUUGCUAAAGAAAAAUUUGACACCUAAAAUUUUACAAAAAUUGGAAAGCAAAAAAACGAAACUGGGUGCUUCUCUUCACGACAUAAUUCGUUCUGGUUUGUACAACCGUGAUUCGGAGAUUGGUGUAUAUGCAGCGGAUCCAGAAUCUUAUCACAAAUUCGCCUCUCUUUUCGAUAAAAUUCUGGAGGAUUAUCAUGGAUUCAAAUCAGGAGCCAAACAACCAGCAGUUGAUUUCGGAGAAAAAAAAAUCAGCGAAUUUUCAUCUCUUGAUCCUACUGGAAAAUAUGUCAAGUCAGUCAGAAUUCGCUGUGCUCGUUCCAUUGCCGGUUAUCCAUUUAACCCACUUUUGAGUGGGGAUGAUUACCUGAUUCUGGAACAGAAGGUGAGAAAUGCACUAAUGCAAAUCGAGGAACCCGAAUUACGUGGAAUCUAUUAUCCGCUGGAUGGAGUGCCGAAAGAAACACAGGAUGAGCUUGACAGUAAACAGCUUCUAUUCAAUAACAGUAGUUCUUUAUUAAAACAUGCAAACGCUUAUAACGCCUGGCCAGAGGGACGUGGAAUCUUCCAUAACAAAGAAAAAUCUUUUGUGGUAUGGGUUAAUGAGGAAGAUCAUAUUAACAUAAUCUCGGUUGAAGAAGGAAGUGAUGUUGGCAAAGCUCUUGCUCGUUUAAUCCGAGGUUUAAAGGCACUGGAAGAAAAGCUAACGUUCGCUCGAGAUAAUCGACUUGGCUGGUUAACAUCAAACCCUAGCAAUCUUGGUUCUGCAGUUAAUGCUUCAGUACAAAUACGUUUGCCGAAACUGAGCAAAAAAUCCGACUUCAUGGAAAUAUGUGAGAAGCUGAAUUUGCGUGUUAAUUCAUCUGGAGUGUCGAAUGAUUACUAUUCUAUAUCAAACAAGAAAAGCCUUGGACUAACGCAAUAUGAAGCAGUUAAACAAAUGUACGAUGGUAUAAAAGAAUUGAUUCGAAUGGAGGAACAUUUAUGA